AUGGCUGUGCAUGACUUCAGUAAGGAACAGAGAGACGUUUUCGAUGAUCAGCAUCGUGAGCUCAAAGUUGGACAUAUGGUCAUCAAGGACAUCUUGCGAAGUAAGGUAGGCGCCGAAGCUGGAGUUACCGUAAAGAGAUUUGAUGUGGCGAUCUCUGAGUUCGCUUGGGAGCAGGUGCCAUUGGCAGACACCCAGAGAGCUCUAGGUGAGGCAAUUCAUCUAGCCAACGACAGGAAAUUCAGCAACAUAUAUGAAGAAUUUCUUAACGCCCCUCUUGGGUCUGAAAAAGAAGAAGCUAGGGCUAGAGAUUUGCUCUGCCAGGCCCAUGGCAUUUCCACAACAUCUUACAGACCAAGGAAAGAUUGGGAGCUGGUCAGGGCAGCACCAUUCAUUGCGUUGCAAGCAGAUUCUUAUUGGAAAGACUCGCCCGAGAAGGUGUUACAGCUCGCCACCAGCCUGCAGGAUAAGGGAGAUAACUACGCUGAAAGUGGUCGCGCUAGAACUAUGGAUCUCGCAGCAUCCGAGACCACGGGGAAAUUGACAGAACUUCUGUCCCAAUACUAUGAAUUAUACGAUCAAUCUGAGGCGGAGGUUCAAGCUAGAAGAGCUCGGGGGACGACUUAUCCUUGGAACUAG